UAUCAUCUCUGUCUCUCUGUCUCUCCUUCUUGACGUCCCCUUCUGAUUCUCCCUCGUUUGCUCCCCUCCAUCCCUACACGAAAGGUGGAAUGGAGUGUCUCGGCUUAGUUGCUGUAUGAAAAGAUCUCCCCGCGUGGAGCUCUCCACCAUCAAAAUGAAGCUCAGCAUUCGCCAGCGCUGUCUAGAAUUCAUCCGUGUCCUUCUUUCGCCCACGCUUUGGUUCGAUGUUUACUGGCCCGCCUCGCGCAAAUACUGGUUUUCACUGCUACUCAUCGGCGUGAUCUGCGCCAAACUACUCCACAUCUACUCCCACCUCAACUCCCUCUCUCCCGGCCAAUUCAUCCUCUGGGGCCCGACCUUUUUCCUUCAAGAUGUCGUAUGCAUCAUCAUUGCACAGACUCUCAGCCAGAACUUCCAGCGAAGAUGGCUCCGUGUCGUCAGUGCGCCGAUAGUCAUCCUGACCAGUCUAAUGAUCUCCGGUCUGGCCGCCGCCAAUAUCUCCUUCUAUACCCAAACCGGCGCUGAAAUUCACUGGCGACAAGCACACGCCUUCCACCGCGAUGCGGCAUCCGUCAAGACCCUCCUGGCCGGACUGACUGGCAUCCUCAUCAUGGAGGUACUGUUUAGCGCCUCGGCAUGGAUCUCAACUCCAUAUCUAUACAAUUGGGUGAGCGCAGUGACCCGAGUCCUGCACGUCGCCGCGACUCCGCUAUUCUUCUGCUGGAAGCGAAAGCCUAGAUCCGACCCCGAGAACUAUGCGCAAGUCGCCAACAAGGAUUGGGAUGAAGAGGACCCUGAAUCUGAGGCCAUGCUGGGCAUGCACGAUCCUAUGGCAGCAUCGCAGUCUUCCUCGUCGCGGCCUCUACCAUCUCUGUUAUUGCGCAUUCUUGUGGCCUCUGUGACCGCCUUUGUACUUCUAUUGCGCUGCAUUCGCCCAUCGGAUACCGCAUACUCUUUUCUUUCGCAAACCGUGAUCGUCACACCUUUCGAAAAACCGCCACAGCAUGAGACGACUUACUCAGUCGACCUCCCGCCAGACUUGCCAGGCGACUAUAGCUGGCUCUACAACCACACCGCUCUCGCAGCGCCGACGAAGUUCGACUGGCUGCCGUCGAAGAAGAUCGGUGGGUUCAGGGACUGGUAUGAAGAAGGCAAGGAAGGGACGGCAUUGCACUAUGAUCCGGCACACGACCCUCUGAAGAUUUCGAACCUCGAUCGCGAGGUUCUGGAGCCAUGGCGUGACGCGCUGAAGAGCGGUAGUGUGAACAUCAAGCACGUUUUCCUACUCAAGUUGGAAAGUACUCGGUACGACGUCUUCCCGGUCCGGAAAGAAGGCCAUGUUGGUGAUAUCAUCCGCGAAUCGUACGGUGGCACCGUUCCAGACAUUGUAGAUCAGCGCCUGGCCAAUCUGUCCCGCAAUGCCGAGCGGUUAACAGGGGUCUCCGCUGGUUGGGACCACAGUGACGAUUCAUGGAAGCCGCGCGGUGGCAUGUACGCCUCAAAUGCUUAUACUGGCGACACGUUCACUCUCAAGAGUAUCCUCGCCAGCGUCUGUGGAAUUGCCCCCUUAGUCGUCGACUUCAACAAAGAAUACUUGCAUCACAUCUACGAGCCGUGCAUGCCUCAUAUCCUCCAUGCAUUGAACUCCAUGUCUCGAGAGAACGACACCAGCAAGGUCAAAGAAAAUGAUUAUACUACUUGGCCCUGGCACUCGACAUUCAUGCAGAGUAUCACGGAUAACUAUGAUAACCAGGAUCUUCUCCUUCCCGCCUUGGGUUUCAAAGACAAGAUCACAGACAAGAAGAUCACUAAAGACUGGAAGAAAAAGCCCGGUGAAGGGCCGAAGAAGUUCAACUUCUGGGGCUAUCCCGAGCACGAGCUGCGACCGUAUUUCAUUGAUGCUCUGAAGCAUGCGGAGAAGCACCAUGAGCGUCUUUUCCUCACUCAUUUGACGGGACAGACACAUUACCCUUGGGAUAUGCCAAAGGGUGAUACGAUUGAGGAAUUCAUGCAUCACAAUAUUUUCAACGGCAGGAAUAGGAUGAACCGGUACUUGAACACGCUUGGGGUUGCCGACAGGUGGCUUGGCGAGGUUCUCGAGAUUAUUGAGGAAGCCGGAGUCGCCAAUGAGACCUUGGUUGUCAUGGUUGGUGAUCACGGCAUCUCGCUGAUCGAGGACGGCGGUGUCACCCCUUACGACAACCCCCAUGUCUCCAACUUCCAUGUCCCACUCGUCUUCUCGCACCCGCAACUCCCCCAAAUUACCAUCGACGGCCGCGUCACUUCCAUGCAAAUCGUGCCGACUAUCAUGGAUCUCCUAGUCGAAUCAGGAUCCUUAGACAAGGACGCCACCCACGCAAUCAAGGACCUCCUCCCCUUAUACGAAGGCCAGUCAAUGAUCCGCGAGCUUGUCCCAGAGAAAGAUGGGAAACUUGACUGGCAAUUCACUGUUAUGAACACCGGUGCUACUUGGCUUGCUCUGCGGUCAGGCCCCAAGCCAUACCGUCUUGUCAUUCCACUCGUUCCUGACGUCGAAUGGCGUUUCUCCGAUGUGGAUAAAGAUCCGCUUGAAUUACACACUGUUCAGUCGUUUACUUUGCCUCCUCUUCUGGAAGAGGUGGCCAAGGUCCACGGUGAAGAUGCCGUGAACUGGGUUAUUGAGGCUGCUCAUGUCACCCGGUGGUGGGUGAGUGAGAAUUGGCGCCGUUACGAGUACAAGCCUGAUGCGUGAUUCGUCCGGCUGUUGAACUUGACAUUCGCGUGAAUGAUUUGGUUGAUUUUACUGUGAAUCUUUUUUACCAUUUUUGAGGGGCGGAUUUGGCGUCUUUGGUGUACAUUUCUCAUGGUAUAUGGGCUGCAUAGUUCUUGAUCUACGGGUGUUCAUUCCCGAUUCUUGUAUAAUACAUUUACGAUGUCCAUAUAAAAACAUCACCAUCAAACAAAUUCGUGACUUGUCACACAUGCGUCUCUGAACAAAACAUCAUCUCCG